UCUAAACACACGCCCACGUUUCCUGCCAGCGUGCGCGCGGCUAUUCAGUUGUUUCCACUUUCUACACACACCGGGGGGAUUUGUUUCCCCACCAAUGGACGUCUGAGAGAGGAUUUUCGUGCUGAAUGCCAGCCUUCACUUUAUUACGAAAACAAUGAUAUAGAUGUCAGGCUGUAGUGUUAGUUUUUCAGUCAAUGUACUCUCCUUGAAACCCGGAUAGUUAGCGUGUGGCUAACAAGUUAUACAUGAAGAAUGAAGACAGGCACCGUUAACAGCAGCAGCGUCAUGGACAUGUUUGAACAGGGGAAAGUCCUGAAGAUUUGCGCCCCUAUGGUUCGAUAUUCAAAGUUGGCGUUCAGGUCUCUAGUCAGGAAGUACAACUGCGACAUCUGCUUUACCCCAAUGAUAGUUGCAACUGACUUUUUACGAUCUGUCAAAGCCAGAGACAGCGAGUUUACCACCAAUGAACGUGAUCGACCCCUCAUAGUGCAGUUUGCUGCCCAUGACGCUCAGACCCUGGUUGAUGCAGCUUGUGUCGUGGCACCUUUCUCAGAUGGAGUUGACCUCAACUGUGGCUGUCCGCAGAGGUGGGCUAUGUCAUCUGGUUAUGGUGCGUGCCUCAUUAACAAGCCGGAGCUUGUUAAAGACAUGGUGAGGCACGUCAGAAACCAGGUGGACAAUCCAAACUACACAGCAUCCAUCAAGAUCAGGAUCCACAAGGACUUGAGGAGGACGGUGGAUCUGUGUCAGAAGGCUGAAUCGGCUGGUGUGUCGUGGAUAACAGUCCACGGUCGUACAGCAGAGGAACGCCACCAACCAGUUCAUUAUGACGCCAUAAAGACAAUCAAGGACAGUGUAUCAGUUCCUGUCAUUGCCAAUGGAGACAUAAAGUACCUUCGUGAUGUGGAGUCUACUCACCAGCUUACUGGUGUGGAUGGUGUGAUGGCCGCUCGGGGGUUGCUGGCUAACCCCGCCAUGUUUGCAGGAUAUGAGGAUACUCCGCUGCAGUGCAUAUGGGACUGGGUGGACAUUUCCGUUGAGCAGGGCACUCCAUUCACAUGCUUUCAUCAUCAUCUUAUUUACAUGCUGGAAAGGGUCACCUCCCAGCCUGAGAGAAAGGUGUUCAAUUCCCUGUCCAGUACCUCUUCUGUAAUAGAGUACCUCCAGAACACAUAUGGGACAGUUCAAGAUAUUGAAACAUGAGCAUCAAUGAAUAUCAUCACUUUACGUUUUUGUAUUUUUAUUUUUAUGGUGAAUAAAAUUUCUAAGUUUUGUUUUUAUUGUCA